AUGGCCAAAGAUCUCAGGGUGCUAUCUGCUGCAGACGUCGACAGGAUCUCCUCGUCGUUCUUACCGGAGGACUUGCAAUGUCUAAUGGCAGAAGUGUUCGUUUCGAUCUCUCGCUCUAGGCUGGCUGCUACUUCUGACUCUUCUCGUGCUCGAACUCGGACUCGACCUGGGACUCAAACACCUCAUCGGUUGAAUAUCGCUAUGGAGAAUCAUACCGCUCUGUUUAUGCCUGCCCGGUUCUGUCCCCCCUCCUCCCUGGGGGAUCAGAAAGACAAGUUGCAGAGUGCGGGCUCCGAUGAAACGACGAAGUCUUCAAUUACCACGAGCAUGAAGAUCGUCUCGGUACCGGGAUCCCAAGCUCCGAGAGAGGUAGCUGGUGCAGGUUUACCGGCUACCACUGUCAUUCUUGACGAGCGGACGGGCUCGGUUAGGGCGAUUGUGAACGCGAGGAAGUUGACUGCUUUGAGGAAUGCGGCUGGCUCGCUCCUCUCGUCUACGCUCCUCCUUUCGCAGAAUCGAGGCAGGCUACCGAAGCACAUCGUAGCCUUUGGAGCGGGGAACCAAAUUGAAGCGCAUCUGGAGCUUUACUUGCGUUUCUUCAACCCCCCUAAUACACCCGAAUGCGAUGGGCAAAAAGGAGACGACGAGUCGGUCCCGGAAGGCAAGGGCGGAGUAGUGGAGAAAUGCACGAUCGUCAAUCGCUCGGGGAACGAUCGCGCGAAGGGGUUGAUUGGGAGGUUGUCUUCCCAGUUUGAAAAGGUUGUGUUUGAGCUGGUGUGCUCGGCGGGAGACUCGGAGGAGGGUGUCGGCGGUAAUGCUGAGGGUGCCACGGCGACAGCUUCGAAAGAAUCUUCGUCCGAACGCGUCGAGCGAGCACUCCGCACCGCUGACCUCGUCAUCUGCGCUACUUCGGCCAGGCAGCCGCUCUUCCGCUCUGAAUGGGUACGGGAUGGGACGCAUAUUGUUCUGGUGGGGAGUUAUACCCCGGAGAUGAAGGAGGUUGAAGGGAGGAUGGUUGAGAGGGCUUUACAGAGGAAGAGCUGGACUGACCAUGAGGCAGGGAAAGAGAAGAGUUACGAGGGUAGUCACUCUCCGGCUUCACUGCUAGUCGACUCGAGCGAGAGUUGUCUCGUUGAAGCUGGAGAGUUGAUCGAGAUGAGGGUUAAGCCGGAGGAGAUGGUGGAGAUUGGGGAGGUUGUACCGCGGUUACAGGAUGGGAGGGGAGUCGAUAUGGAUGCGUUGAGGGACUGGAUCCGGAAGAGCAUCCACCGGGCAGCUCGGACUCAUGAUCAGGGGGCACCUUCGGAGGGAUGGGAUGGUCCCAUUACGGUUUUCAAGUCGGUUGGUGUGGGACUGCAGGACGUCGUAGUGGCACGAGCUGUGGUGGAUCAGGCUGAGAGAUUGGGAAUGGGGACCGUUGUCCGGGAUUAUGAUGCAGCCUGA